GUGCGUCACGUCGUAGGGGGCGGGCCGUCCGUGUUUGGUUUCCUGGGCUACCGCCGCCCGCUGGUCCGCGAAAGGUGUGCGGACUUCUGGAGCCAUGGGGACUCCUCCGGGCCUGCAAACCGACUGUGAGGCGUUACUCAGCCGCUUCCAGGAGACGGACAGUGUACGCUUCGAAGACUUCACGGAGCUCUGGAGAAACAUGAAGUUCGGGACUAUCUUCUGCAUGUUAUUCCCUGUCAACUGGAAGUCACUUUGGAAGGAAAUGCUGAAUGUUCAUGAUCAUUAUCAGAACAUGAAACAUGUAAUUUCAGUUGAUAAGUCUAACCCAGAUAAAGCCCUCAGCUUGAUAAAGGAUGAUUUUUUGGACAAUAUUAAGAACAUAGUUUUGGAGCAUCAGCAGUGGCACAAAGACAGAAAGAAUCCAUCCUUAAAAUCAAAAAUUAAUGAUGGAGAAGAAAAAACAGAAGGAAAUUCACAAGAAACAGAGAGAUGUGAAAGGGCUGAAUCAUUAGCGAAAAUAAAAUCAAAGGCCUUUUCAGUUGUCAUUCAGGCAUCCAAAUCGAGAAGGCAUCGUCAAGUCAAACUUGAUUCUUCUGACUCUGAUUCUGCAUCUGGUCAAGGACAAGUCAAAGCAACCAAGAAAAAAGAGAAGAAAGAAAGAUUGAAACCAGCAGGAAGGAAAAUGUCUUUCAGAAACAAAGGUAAUGUGCAGAAUAUACACAAGGAAGAUAAACCUUUAAGUCUGAGUAUGCCUGUAAUUACAGAAGAGGAAGAAGAGAAUGAAAGUUUGAGUGGAACAGAGUUCACUGCAUCCAAGAGGAGGAGAAAACGCUGAACAAAGAGCCUGGCGUAGUUUUUAAUUUUGAGCUUUCUGACAGAAGAAAAGAUUGAUAUUUUGUGUAUUGAACAGGAAGACUGCCAGUAUUAAAAAUAAUCCUUGUGGGAAACUAUAGGUUAUUUCUUGGAAAUUGCAAUACACAGUUCUAGAAUAAAAGAGCAAAAAAUUAGAAUAAGAAUUCUGUAACAUUUUUAAUGAUAUGCAUAAAUGGAGAUAAAACUUGUAUUUAGUAUGUAGUAGAAAAAAUUCUGUUGUUUGAAGAUUGUUACUGUUUCCUAUAACGUUUUGUGAUACUAUGCUGUCCUAAUACAGUCUGGUAAUACUAUUCUAUUAAAAUAUUUUUAUUGAAAUAUUAAUGUUUAUUACAUGCAAAUCACUGAUUAUUUUGUAUCUACAGUCUGAUAAUGGAUUUUUCUUAUGUAUAUUACACUAUUUUAUAUGUUGUUAAGUGCAACAAAGUUUUUGCCUUGUUUUAUUUUUUAAUACGUAAGACUCACAUUCUCAUAAUGUGAUUGAUAACUUAGGAAGUUCACAGCUUACUUUCUACUUCUGCAAUUGAUUAAAUAUUUUUUAGUGCUUUUUUAAAGCUCCCUUUGGUCUAAUGUAUAUAUAUGUUUAUGUUAGUGUAUGUGUAGAUAUGUGUAUGAAUAUGUGUCCAUAUAUAUAUGACUAGUCAAUAAAUUGUGUAAGUACUUGAAUACUAAUACUUAAAUUAGUAUUUAAUACUAAUUUAUAUAAUACUAAUUAGUGUAGUAUUAUAUACUAAUUUAAGUAUUAAGUACUUAGUACUUAAAUGCUAAUUAUUUCCAAUAAAACUGUUAAGAAGAACAAUGUAAAUUUCAGAAUGUGUCUGUGGUACAGAAUAGUUGAUAUUCACAGAAAAAAAAUCUAUAGCUUCAUGAAUAUGUUUCUCUGUUUGUUAAUUUUUCAUUCCAGACAUUGUUAUUAGAGACUGCUUGAGCCAUGUUAUUUGAAUUGCUGCCAGUUGCAGACCAUCUCCAUAUUAUGUUGUUGGCUCAACUUUUUUUUUUUUUUUUUUUUAAUAGAGAUCAGGUAUCGCUGUGUUGCUCAGGCUGGUCUUGAACUCCUGGGCUCAAGCUGUUCUCCUCCCUCAGCCUCCCAAAGUGCUGGGAUUAUAGGUAUGAGCCACUGCACCCAGUAUUAACCUGUUUUACAGUUGAUUAUACUUCAUGCUGUUUUCUAGCAUGGUAUUAUUAAGGGAUUUAACAUUUUGGUUGAAGAUCAAAUUCAUGAUAUCUCUAUAUAUAAUCUUUAAAAAUCAGAAUAGUAAUGCUGACCCAAAUAAAACUUUCAUUUAUUAGAAUUCAUGCUGUCGCAAUUGUUUCCUUUGACUUCAGAUGUUUUUGGUCAUAGAUGGGCACUUUUCAUUAUGUGGACAUUGGGUGGAGCAUCUUGGAUGUAAACAUUCUGGGGUUGGGGUAUAGAUCCAUUAUUGGCCUCACUUGAUGUGCCCAGUUGUUUGCUAGAACUUGUCUGAUCAUUAAAGUGUAUAGACAUCAUACAGCUA